GUUACACCAAAGGCAGGUUUAUGAAUGUAGCCGGUUGUGUGUGGCUAAAAUCGUGAAGUUCUUUUAAUACAUCUAAGAGUUCAUCAUCAUUCAGCAGUUUCUUGUCAUGGAAUUUAAUUUUAAUAUGAUGGAAAUAGGAGCAAAAAAAUAAUUUUAACCUCUAUGAAGUGUAUCGCUUCCGCCGCAGAUGGGGGAAUAAAUAAGCUAACGUUAAAGGCAGGAAAGAACGCACGCAAAGCCUCCUGUUUCCGUUGAUGUCCAAAGCUGGAUCCCGCCUCCAAUGAGAAACACACCUAUCAGUGAUGGUUAUGGAGAAUGAUGGAUGUCCCCACAGCCAAACAGAGCCAGACACCCUGUCAGCCGUGGGCGGGCCAGAACGGCUGGUCCCCAGCUUCACCUCAAGGACCCUCCUGCAACCCUCUGCCCAGCUUUCAGCACCUUAGUCUGAGCUCGCCUUCUGACCAGAGACCUUGCUAUGAGCACCUGCAGGCAUCCGACCACAGCUGCCAGAGCGACUCCACCACCUUUUCAUACAGAAGCACGCUGUAUGCUGAUAAUGCUGACCAGAGUGAGCAUCGAAUCAUUCCUGAUGCUCAUGUUUCAGCCGUGGCUUCAGCUGCAAGUCAAGGAAGAAACAUACCUCCUUGUUCUCUCCCUCUUAUGAGGGAAGGGAUGCCACCUUGCAAGCUCCAACAAAUGCCAUUUUACUCUCCUUACAGCCCUUACCAAGGAAUAUCUUCCCCUUUCCAGUCUCCGUGCACACAGCAGGGUUCACUAAUUGGACCUCAGUCACCGCAUCAAAAACAUCUGCCAAUUAGCCCUCCAUCAUUUGGUGUAAACCGGAGUCCACAGUGUACACCUCAGCCUGCAUUUGAGAGUCCAAAUGUUGAGUCCUCUGUUGGAUACACACACAAUCAUGCCUCGCCCACCUCUCCCAUCCAACAACAGCCUCAGUGGACACCUGCAGCACACUCAAAAGGAGCAAUAAACGAGUUUGUACCCAAUGCGGGAGGACAGGACAGGAACAUCACGCCACAGUCUCCUAACUCGGAGUCUCGUUAUGGCCUGGACCCAGAGCUCCUGCCCAGUGUUGUGAAGGUGAUUGCCGAGGACAGGGCAGAGUGGGAGGGCAAGGUCUUCGUCUCCGAGCCUUUUUCCCGUCUUCCUCCUCUGGCAACUACCUCCUGUAUCGUAGAGGACAAGGGUAACGUGAGUCCGUUCGCCAUCCGCUCCGCCUCGUACUGUGUGCCCUGUGACGGUCCGACUGCCCUGCUCAGCCGGCUGCCGCUGGGAGCUCUGCUCACCCCACUGGCAAAACAAAAUGCUGGAGAGAAGCCCCUGCCAGUGUGCAACGAGCCAGAGUGUCUUACGGGUUGUGGUGGUUGCGGAGCCUCCAUGUGCCCUGCGAUGGGCUGGCAGGACUGUGGUCAGAGGUUUUACUGCCCCUUCUGUGGUAAACUCAGUGAAGUGCCGUGGCAACACUACCAGCCCACCAAAGGGGUGGAGGGGGUUCGGGUGGAUAAAGACAAGAGACCUGAACUCAGUAUGGGGUCAUAUGAGAUACUUCAUUCGCAGAAGGGUGAACCUGCUGCGCUGCUUCUAGCCAUAGAUGUGUCUGCGUCAGCGGUGAGAGGAGGACAUUUGGCGUUUGCAACACAACAAAUACUUACUUUGCUCACCUCCCUGAAGAGGGAGGAUGGUGAUGCCUCGUCAGACGUCCGCGUUGGUUUGAUGACGUACGACAGUAGGAUCCACCUGUACGAUCUCAGCCCCGCCCUGUCCCGCCCACACAUGCUGGUCAUCACAGAGACAGACGACCUGCAGCUACCUGUGAGGGAGGGGCUUCUGGUGUCCCUGAAAGACUGUAUAGACAGUAUCGACAGUGUGUUGCAGCUUAUUCCUCAGUUUAGUUCAGAGUGUGAUGACUCGAGUGGAGUUCCCAUGGAACUGCCUGUCAAAACAGGGCUAGCGGUACUGCAGGCCCUGACUUGUCCCGGCAAGCUGCUGAUCUUCCAUACUGCCCCUCUAAUAGAGAUGGAACACACAAACUCAUCCUCAGGGUUCUUUGGCUCCAACAAAUCAAAGUCCAUCUUCCAGCCGUCAGAGCCAACCAUCUCAUUGGCCAAGGAGUGCGUCAGUCAGGGCUGCGGCGUUCACAUGUUUGUCCUCUCCCAGCAGGACGUGGGCGGGGCUUGGCCAGGGCACAUACCAUAUCUAACAGGUGGAGCUCUGUACACCUACAGCCACCUCCAGGGAGAAUUGGACAGAGAGCGUUUCCGCACUGAUCUAAAGAGUAUUGUAGACACGGACACCGGCUACAAGGCUGAGCUCAGGAUUUUUGUCAGCAAAGAUAUGCGUGUGUCCGGCUGUUAUGGACUUUUCAUCCCUGGGCCAAGCCCCAGCCAGGUCCCCAUGGCGACUCUUGAUUGGAGGACAACGCUGGCUAUGGAGCUCGCACACAGCAGAGCUCUGGAUGAGACGAGAGGCGUAGCCAUACAGACGGUAUUGUCUUACAGCACCCAGACAGGAGACAGGAGGACCAGGGUUCACACUCUGACCCUGCGAUGCUCUCGCCACCUACAGGACACUUUCCGUCAGUACCAGGCCCAAACACUACUCACCUUCUACUGCAAAAAAGUUUACUGUGCCGUGUUGGAGCGCCCUCUACAGGAGCUGAGGGAGGAGCUGCAGAUGGAGGUAACCGAAGCGUUGGCGUCCUACCGCAAACACUGCUGCUCCGCUUCUGUGUCUGCUGGACAGCUGGUCCUCCCUCAGUACCUGCGAGCACUUCCUGUUUACAUCAACAGUCUGAGGAAGAGCGAGGUGCUGCUGCCGGGCCUGAGGAGCUCCAUCCACCAGCGGCUGCAGCAGCGCUGCCGGGUGCUCAGCAUGGACACCUGCUGCACCUCCACACACUUCUACCCUCUGCUGCUGCCUCUGGCGCUGUCAGUGGACAGCUCCAGCUCUCCAAACCCAGAGGAGGCACUGCGCUGCUGUGCUGCCAGCCUGGAGCCCAGAUGUCUGUAUUUGGUUCAUUCACCCCUCACCCUGCUGCUCUGGGUGGGCAACCAAGUCCCAACAUGCACCCUGGUCGAGCUCUUCAACACCAGCUGCUUCUCCUCCCUGCCCUCUGGAGAGACCAAGCUGCCAGCUCUUGAAAGCCCUCUGUCCAUCAGUGUUCGCUCCCUCAUCAACACCCUGAGCUCCCAGGCACCCUGUGCCCGCAAGCUGUGGCUGGUGAAGCAGGGCGACACCUGCGAGGAGACCCUGCAGCGCCUCCUGGUGGAGGACAAGAGUCCCAACGGAGGGGCGUCCUACGCAGACUUCCUCUACCAUCUCCACGUCAACUCUGUCCGGCUUGUGCAGUGACUUUAAACGCGCACACAAAUUUUCCGACCUCUCUGGGUGCAUUAACUUCUAUUCUAAAGAUGACACUGUAGCAUAUUUGCCUCAAAAAAAAGAAAGAAAACAGAAGGAUGGGAACAGAAGUAUCAAUAGACAUUAUUAUAAUGUGGAAACAUCAAAGACCUGUUGUCAGAGAAUCAGGCGGUGCAUGGGAGUAUUUUAAGACUGCUGUGAUAUGAUAUGUGUGAUGUGUGCUGUGUUGAAUGUGAUCCGUGCUGUUCUAAAAAUGUGUUUAUUAUGUUAAUUUAUUCCUGUGUCAUGGCAAUUAUCUAUUUGUGUGUGUGUGUGUAUAUAUAUAUAUAAAAAAU